GGCCUAUGAUCUUGUUAGUUCGGUAGUUCAUCUACCAAAAGAUCCUAUUUUUACUCUGUUUUUGUGUGUUUAUAUUACAAGGCAGAACAGAGUCGAGUAAACUGGUGAAUACAAGUGACAUACGUGUACACAUCUUAGCCCAAUCAAAGUGGAUAAAGGAACUCUUUCACACGUGCGAGAUCAUCUCUUGUGUGAUAAAGCUGAAUGUACCAUUUCUACUCUGCAAAGUUUGAAUCUUUUAACAAUGGCUCUCUCUUCGCUCUCUCCUCUCCCCAUGAAGUCACUUGAAACUUCACGAUCCUCAUCUUCCGUCUCAAGGUCUCUUUACCAUCUUCCGAGACACCCAUUGAGGCGUUUACAGCUAAACUCCCGUUCAAGACCAGAAAGAGAUUCGUCAGAUUCUAGGGAAGAUUGUUGCUCCGGUGGAGAGCCGAAGACGUGGAAGAGGUUUUUAUCUGGAGCUUUAGCAGCGGCGGUGGUAGUCUCGACCUCAGGGUUUCCAGCAAUGGCAGAUCUUAACAAGUUCGAGGCGGAUAUACGUGGCGAGUUUGGGAUUGGAUCAGCUGCUCAGUUCGGUUCUGCUGAUCUCAGUAAAACAGUUCACUCCAAUGAAAAUUUCAGAAGAGCCAACUUCACUUCUGCAGACAUGAGAGAGUCUGACUUCAGUGGUUCGACCUUCAAUGGCGCCUAUCUUGAGAAAGCAGUUGCAUACAAAGCUAACUUCUCAGGUGCUGAUUUGAGUGAUACAUUGAUGGACCGGAUGGUGCUAAACGAGGCGAAUCUGACAAAUGCGAUUCUUGUACGUUCGGUUCUAACACGUAGUGACCUCGGUGGCGCCAAGAUCGAAGGCGCAGACUUUAGUGACGCUGUGAUUGAUCUUCUUCAAAAACAGGCUUUGUGUAAAUAUGCGAACGGGACAAACCCAUUGACUGGAGUGAGCACAAGGAAGAGUCUUGGGUGUGGAAAUAGCAGGAGAAAUGCAUAUGGCUCCCCUUCGUCUCCUUUACUCAGUGCACCACCUCAACGUCUGCUCGGCCGUGAUGGAUUCUGCGAUGAGAAGACCGGUCUUUGUGACGCCUCGUAGUAUCAGUUUGUUAAGAAUUUAAGAACAUGUGUGUGGUUACAAUGCAGAUGUAAUAACAUUUGUUUCUUUAUAUGUUGUCUAACAUUAAUCGUCUACUGUAUGUUAUAGUAUUGAAUUGUAAAUGACCGGAAAGAAAGUGAAUGGAAACACUGAACAAAGGAGAUAAUGAUCGCUUU